AUGUUCUCGAUUUUCGAUAUCUUAUAUUCGAUAUCUGAAAUUUUAACACCUUUGGGAGUGCAAGGAAACAAACAUGGAUUUGUUGUAUUUAUUUCUGAAGGAUUGUUCUUCAAUCAUCCAGAAAUUGGACAACGGGCAAUGUCGAUUCGUUGUGGAUUCGUUUCUAUCAGUUACGCUCUGCUGAUAAUUCAUUUCGUGUAUCGGUACUUGGCAUUGUUUUUUCCUCAAAAACUUCAUUUAUUUUUUAAACCUAUCGGUAUAACACUGUUGACUACGUUCUUAUUGUUACACGGGUCUUCGUGGACACUGAUCUGUCAAAACUGUAUAGGAGCUGAUGAAGAAAUUCGGAAGAUAGUAUCCAAAUGUUUCAUAAAAGAAUAUGGUGUUGGCACUGACGGAGUUCCUAUGUUGGCAGCUUUAUAUUGGGGUGUCCGUCCUGGAAUUCAAUUUCGCAGUUGGCUCGGAAUCACCUUGCUCACUAUAAUUUCUUGGUAUUCCAUGAGUGUAUAUUUUAUUUUGGGAUACAAGAUUACAAUGAAAAUCAAAAGUAUUACAUUUGAACAAACGUUGAGUUCAACAAGUAUAAGACUGCAACGACAACUUUUCCUAACUUUAGUUGUUCAAACUUGCAUCCCCAUCAUUGCCAGUUUCCUACCUACAGUAAUCUCUUGGUAUGCUCCAAUAUUUGAUAUAAACAUCGGAUGGUGGAAUACAAAUGUUUCAACUGUAGCUCUAGCUGCAUUCCCGUGUAUCGACCCACUUGCAAUCAUUAUUCUUGUGCCAAACUAUCGAAAUGCACUGCUCAGAAGAAAUGGCGUGAUAUCUGAAGGACACACUUCAGGGAAUAUUGUUCCGCCGAAUAGUAAUGUCAUGUUCGAGAGACGGGUACGAUAA